UGUCUUUGUUAAAUCUCUGUGUUGUGUUGUGUAGUGAUUCUGGCCAAGUAUGGAAUGGAUGGCAAAAGAGACACUCGAUCACUGGAGAGCAACCACCUGAAGGACCACGACAUCAAAGAGGGAGACACAUUUGAAGAUCCCAGGUUGGACAAACUCUGGAACAAGGCCAAGAGCUCGGGGAAGUUCUCCAGCGAGGAGAUGAUGAGUCUGAAGAGGGAGUUCCAGCACCACAAGGACAAGACGCACGAGUACAACAUCCUGAUGGACACCAUCAGCAGGACGGAGGGUGAGCUGCGUCAAUCACUCCCUUGAGUCACAGUUUGUUAU